AUGGCGCCCGUGUCAUUCUCGCCGGACAACUCAAUCUCAUCCCACACGCUCUCCGCAGGCUCCGCCCAGCCCUCACCGAUGGACCUCAACACCUCGAACCCAGCCGCGAAGCUUCUGACAAGCCCGCUCGCCUUUUUGCAGCCGACCACACAAAUGAAUGGCGCUUUCCUCGCCGCAACCAAACAAUUCCUUGACCCGGUCGCAGCGGGAGUGAGCGAAGAACAGUCCCAGCGGCAGCAAGAGGUUAGGAAGAAGAGGAAGCGGGGUGAAGGCUAUGAUGGCGAUAUCAGCGUUCUGCAUCUGAAAAAAGUGCACUUGCAAGGAUUUGAUGUUAACCAGGUCUUCGAACAGGCCAGGAAAAUCUUGGAUGCUGCAACAGAGGAGAUUGAACUGGCGCUACCUCAGGACGAGGAUGAAGCUGAUACCUUGGCAAUCAGAGCGGGCGAGGAUGACGAAGAUUCCGAGGGCAGUGGCGCAGAAUUGGAAGAAGGAGAGGAAAGUUCCGAUCUUGGUGAGGAAGGUGUAGACUGGGAAUACGAUGGCGAGGAUGUAUCUGGCGAAGGGCUAGAGGUUGAAGAUGACGAGGACGAUGAAGCUCUUGAUCAUGAAGAUGUCGACAUGGAAAAUGACGAGGGAGGUAUGUUCUCCGAUGCGAGGUCCGAUUUAGACGAGCCGGCAGCAACCUAUCAAGAAGAUAAACAUGGUUUGAACGAUCCAUUCUUCGACAUAGAUAUGUUCAACAAGCAAACGGAUUUCCUCGAGCAACGAGAUAAUCAAGGCGAGGCUGCGGAUACCGAUGAAGACGAGAUCAACUGGGAAGCCGAUCCGUAUUUCGCAAACGCAAGUAAAAACGAGGCUGCAGGCGAUAACGAAGACAUGCCGGAUGAAGGCUCGGACGAAGAAGGAGGCCCAACUUUCGGCAACGUCGAUCUCAAUGCACCGGAAGGUGAAAGUGACGACGAGGAGCUCCAAGAUGGCGAAAUGGACGGUAUGGAGGAGGGAGCGAACGCAAACAACAUCAUGUACGCGGACUUCUUCGCGCCUCCUGCGAGCAAAGUGGGCAGGAACAAGAAGAAACGAGGACGUCCCAAUCCGCACAAUUUCCCUUCUGCGGAUGAUCCUCAAAAUAACAAGCCAGACGAGGAGGACAUACAGAACGUCAUCUCAAGAGUUCAUGGCGACCUGUUCUCCGAUGAAGACGACGUAGGCUCGGACCACGACCUUAGCGACGUCGAUCCCAGCGACCCCAAAUCAAGACGAUCAACUCAUGAGCGUCGACAGGCCAAGCUCGCGGAACAGAUACGAAAGCUGGAAGCUGCCAAUGUAGCAAAGCGAGGGUGGCAGCUCUCUGGAGAGGCCAGAGCUUCAGACCGACCCGUCAAUUCGUUACUGGAAGAAGACUUAGAAUACGAGAGAGCGGGCAAGCCCGUCCCUGUAAUCACUCAAGAGGUAUCGGAGGACAUCGAAGCUCUCAUCAAACGCCGCAUCCUUGCCGGCGAAUUCGACGAAGUGCCGCGCCGCCGCCCUGACGACCUUGCCACUGGCCCCCGCGAGCGCCGCGGCCUCUUCGAACUCGACGACGCGAAGAAUACCAAGGGUCUUGCUGAGAUAUACGAAGAAGAGCACCUUAAAGCUGUAGAUCCCAACUUUGUCGACGCGAGGGAUGAGAAGCUGAAAAAAGAGCAUGCAGAGAUAAGUGAGUUGUGGAAGAGCAUAAGUGCGAAAUUGGAUUCCCUAGCGAGCAGUAAUUUCAAGCCUAAGCCUGUGGCUGCGAACCUGGAGAUCCGUGUCGACGCGCCCGCUAUACAGAUGGAAGAUGCAAGGCCUACGGCUGGCGGCGAUGUCGCUUCUGCCAGCAUGCUCGCGCCUCAGGAGCUGUACAGGCCGGGCGAGGACAAGGAAGACAAAACCGAAAUCGUCACGAAGGGUGGCCUACCGUUUGCGCGCGAGGAAAUGACACGGGAGCAGAAGCUCCGCCGGAGACGGAGAGAAAAGGAGAGGAUCAAGAAGGCGGGUCUGCACGAGCCGGAGAAGAAGGACUCGGAGAAGUCUGGUAGAGAGGAGAAGUCGAAAGAGAGGAAGCAAUUAUUGGGCGAUUUGAAAAAGGGCGGGGUGCAGGUAAUUGGGAAGAAGGGCGUUGUUACUGAUGUUGAGGGUAAGGAGGUUAAGGAAGGUCCUAAGAGGGGAGCGGGGAGUUAUAAGCUUUGA